AAUACUGAUCUCUUGAAGCAUUUCAAGUUGUGGUCGGAAGGUGGAUCUUCAAUCCCCAUACAUGCAGGCAUCGGCCUCCUUAAUCUGAUCAAGUGAAAUACUUUUCAAGAAACUGGAAAAGCGUAUGUCGAUAUUUAACGCUACCCAUCCACACAUACUUGUACUGAAUCACGCAAACUGCCCUUAUUACUGUUGGGGUUGCGACCAACUAGGUUUCGGAUUGAGUUAUGUAUGCAGCCAGGGCUGCAACUUCUAUCUUCACAAACAAUGUGGGAAUCCACAAACCCUAAUCGAGUACCCAUUUUCCAACAAAUGUAUUCUUCGAUUUCGCGAUGGAGGACCUGGUAUAGAUUCCCCGUGUGAUGCAUGUGGCAAGAAAAUCAAACGGUUUCACUUCAGAUGUACAUGUACAUUUCAAAAACGUCAUUUGCACCCGUCUUGUCUUGCUGAUGAAAAGACGUUAGAAGCUGCGAAUGGUCUUACGUUGCACCUCCAGAAGGCGGCUACUUCAAAGUGCUUGCACUGUGGGACUAAAGAUCUUUGGUCCAAGGUUCGUGGGUGGGCUUAUGUUUCUUCAUGUGGGAGUUACUGUUAUCAUGUUUCAUGUGUGAAGGAAAUCAUUAAUCAGAACUGGAGGUAUGGGUUUUUCACAGGCAAAAGUGAUCCUUUUUUGACCAUUAAACAACGUUUUCCAGAAGAUAUGGAUCGGAUGAAUCAGCUAGUUGUGGCACGGAAGAAGGAGAGACCGACAAGGAAACACACGAAAGCAGUUCUUAGCGUCUUAUUUAAUUUGUUAACCGGGAAUGCUUUGGGUCUUGUUGGUGCUGCUCAGACAUAUUUCAAUAGUUAAUUUCAAUUCUUCUUUAAGCAAGAUCUUUGUUUGGUAAACGUAUGCUUCGCCAUCUACUUGGGAUUUAUCAAUCAUAGUACUGUUGAUGUUAAGAUCAUAUGUUUCAUUUUCGUAUAAUUGGAUGAUGUGUUUCUUGAAUAGUUUGUUCAUAUUUCUGCAACAAAAACGCCAUCUUUGUUUUUCUUGUUGAUUACCAACAAUAUGAUAUGAUGAUAGGUUUUAUUUGUGGUAAA